AUGGCCGCCGCCGGCAGUCCCAACUCGAGCGGGGUUAGCUUGCAUACUGAUAGCCAUACGAGCGACUCAGACGAUGCAUCAACGCAAAGCCCAAUCACGGAACCCGAUGUAGCAGAGCCACCAACACACAAGAUUCCACAAAUGACGCUGGAGCAGUCCGAGAAAGCGGGAAGACGGCGACGUUCAACGACAUAUGCGUCCAACGUGGACGACAUCAGAAGAUUGAUUGGCAAUGGAGGCACCGCUUUCCUGCGAAGCUACUGCUGCGGCGAUGGAUGCUGCAUGAUCGAGUCACUUCCUCUUCACACGGACGAGGCAUUCGCUCCCAUCAUCACACCUAGCAACAACGCAUAUCGGUUCUUGAACCUUAAUUUGAGAUCGCUGUCCCUCGACACCGAGUUGACCAAGAUUGGGGAGCCUCCUGAGACCAAGGWCGCGUUCCUACCCCUGCGAAAGCAGUCCAUUGAAGAGAAUUUCCCGAGCGAGGCGCAUCAUAAACACAGCGCAGAAGCCGUCACAAACUUCCCACCCGAAUACAUGCAGCCACACCCGCCGUACAGCGUCUUCAAUGCACCGGUCUACGACGCACGUGAGCUCACCAAACCUGGCGCUGAGAAACGAACAUUCCACUUCGACCUUGACGUUACAGACUACCCCGAAGAAGGUGGUGUUGAUUUCAAGGUCGGAGGUGCUGUUGGUGUAUGUCCGCSGAACGAUCCAGCCGUUGUYGAAGAUAUCCUGGUCCAGCUUGGAAUUCCACGAUUCCAGCGCGACAAGCCCAUCCGGUUGCAAACAGGAGGGGGUCGGUGGCCGACCAUCUGGGGCGAUGAAGCAGCGAGAGAGCUCGUCACGACGCGGCGAGAGAUUUUGACAUGGACCGUCGAUAUUUCAUCGACCGCACCUACGAAGCCACUUCUCCGGUUGCUCGCCGAGCAUGCAUCGGAGCCAAACGAGAAGAAGAUUCUUGAGUACCUYUGCAGCGCACAGGGGCAGGCAACAUUCUGCGACCUAAGAACUGGUCCGCACAUCACAGUCCAGCAGCUCCUCCACGCUUUCCCCUCUGCGAAGCCGUCUCUCGAGGCCUUUUGUUCUGUAUUGAACCAGCUCAUGCCGCGAUUCUACUCGCUCUCCAACGAUCCUCAUGUCUCAUCAGCUCGGGAGGGCCUUGCUGGUCGUCGCUUGAUUGAGAUUGCCGUUACCAUCCACGAAACUCCAAACUACAUCAACAAUAAGCGAUCUGGUGUUGGCUCCGGCUUCCUCGAGCGAAUUGCAAACAAGUUUGUUGCAGAAGAGGCAAGACUGCAGGCAGAAGCUGAGGCAAAUGGCUCUUCCCUGCCCCGCGGCGUCGCUGGUCGCAAGCUUAAUCUCCAUGUGCCCAUGUUCCGGGGCUUGAUGUCUAACCCUCUCUCACGAGAGUUUGCAAGCGAUGGACCUAUGGUUCUGAUCGGUGCAGGAGUUGGCAUGGCACCUUUCAGAGGAUUCAUUCUGAACAGACUAAAGAAUGCCAAUUGUGCGAACAAAAUCUGGCUCAUUCAAGGCAUCCGGGACAGCAUGCUGGACGAGAUCUAUCGUGGAGAGCUCGGUGCCCACGAGUCUGAGAUCAAGAAGGUGGUACAGUCCCGUGCGCAGCCAUUACCUCCGGUAGCCGAGAAUGAAGGCGAUGUAGUGGAUCAGACUGCAAGUGAGGCCAGGUCCGAGAGUAAAGUUGCCAAAUACGUCCAAGACGAGGUACGUCUUCAAGCCGACGUCGUGUGGUUCGUCAUCAACUCUUUGGAUGGCCGUCUAUUCGUAUGUGGCUCUACGCAAGGUAUGGGUGAAGGUGUCGAGGCUGCUCUCAUUGACGUGGCCAUGGACAAGGGCAAUCUUGAUUACGAGACUGCGAAACAAUUCUGGGACGGCAAAAAGGAAGCAGGCCAAUACAUCGCGGAGACCUGGUAG